GUGAGAGGUUCUACAGUUAACGUUCAGUGCGUUUACCGUUCUUAGCUUGAAUCGAUUUAUAGUCUACGCGAUAUUAACAAGUGUCACGCGCCGGUUAUUUCUAAUACAGUACAAUAUAGUAGCUUGAUACUAUUUCCUGAAUAAAGUAUGUCAUACAACGUAUCGAUAACAAUAGAAUGCGCGGAACCGUUCCUCGGGCCGACUCUUGGACAAAGUUGUCCAGGAUCGCAAUUUUUGAUGUUCAUGUCACUCGUGGACACAUACGUACGAGCUAAAGAAGAUAUUUCCUUCCUUUGUGAAAGGGUCAAAUCGAUUGAUCCACCGGAAUAUUCCUACGAUUUUAUAGUCGUUGGAGGUGGAUCGGCAGGUGCCGUAGUUGCUUCUAGAUUGAGCGACAUACCCGAGUGGAAAGUUUUACUUCUCGAAGCAGGUCCUGACGAGCCACCAGGUGCUAACGUUCCGAGUAUGGUAGCGAUGUUUCUCGGUACCGAUAUUGAUUGGAAAUAUCAAACUACUAAUGAGAGGUAUGCUUGUUUAUCGAGUGGUGGAUCUUGCAAUUGGCCUCGUGGUAAAAAUCUAGGUGGAAAUUCUGCGCAUAACGGCAUGAUGUAUAUUCGUGGACACGCAAAGGAUUAUGAUAACUGGGCUGCCAUGGGAAAUGUUGGUUGGACUUGGCAAGAGGUAUUGCCAUACUUUAUGUGUUCGGAGAAUAAUACAGAAAUCAAUCGAGUCGGCAGCGAAUACCAUUCCGCCGAUGGCCUUUGGACGAUUGAGAGAUUCCCCUGGCAACCCGAAAUUACUCGCGAUAUUUUGAGUGCGGCUGCAGAGAGAGGAUAUCCGAUUACGGAGGAUAACAACGGCGCUCAAUCAACGGGAUUCACUGUAGCUCAGAUGGCCAGCAAAGAUGGAGUUAGAGUAAGCAGCUCCGAUGCUUUUCUACGUCCUAUGCGCAAUCGACGUAAUCUUCAUAUAGCUCUUAACGCUACUGUCACCAAGGUCAUCGUUGAAAAUCUCAAGGCUGUCGGAGUCCAAUAUUAUCAAAAUGGUAAAUUUCACAUAGCACGAGCUUCACGUGAGAUCAUUAUCUCUGGCGGAGCCGUAAAUUCUCCUCAAUUGCUAUUGUUAUCGGGAAUCGGUCCGAAAGAACAUUUACAAGCCGUCAAUGUUUCCGUCGUUAAAAAUUUACCAGGAGUUGGACACAAUUUACAAAAUCAUGUGUCGUAUACCCUCUCUUGGACUAUUAAUCAACCAAAUUUAUUUGAUUUGAAUUGGGAAUCUCUCCUGGAAUAUAUCGCUUUUCAUAAAGGACCUAUGUCCUCGACUGGCAUGUCCCAACUUACAGGAAUUAUACCGUCUAGCUAUACCACACCAGAUCAUCCUGAUAUUCAAUUUUAUUUCGGUGGAUAUCAAGCGGCUUGCGCAAUUACUGGCGAGGUAGGAGCAGUUAUGGAUAAUCAAGGUCGUAGUAUUAGCAUUUCUCCAACGAAUGUUCAACCACGUAGUAGAGGAAUCCUUCAAUUAGCUAGUAAUAAUCCAUUUGAAAAGCCGCUUAUUUGGGGAAACUAUUUGAGCGAUCCAAUCGAUGCUGCUAUUUUGCUUGAAGGGAUACAAAUCGCAUUAUCUUUUGCUAAUACAUCUGCGAUGGCAAAAUAUAACAUGAGUCUCAGUAAUAUGCCAUUACCCGCGUGCUCUCAAUACAAAUUUCUCAGUAAUGAGUAUUGGAAUUGUGCGAUUCAUCAGAAUACAGGUCCUGAAAAUCAUCAAGCAGGAUCUUGCAAGAUGGGACCAUCUAGCGAUCCAAUGGCUGUAGUAGAUCCUCAGCUUAGAGUUCAUGGUAUUAAAAAUCUAAGAGUUGCAGAUACGUCUAUAAUGCCUCAGGUCACGUCCGGUAACACUGGUGCUCCAGCAAUUAUGAUCGGCGAGAGAGCGGCAGCGUUCAUCAAGUCCGACUGGGGUGCUGGUGCGACACAAUGUUCUCGUUCGACGAUCGACAGUUCGCUGGAAUUCUUGCUAUGGGGGAUCAAAUACAUCGACUGGGACCAGGCUAUCUGGUAGUAGUAAUCCCGCAUUCCCGGCUCGACUUCUAGUCCAUGAAACAUCGACUUCCUCAAAGCUAUGCGACGUCGAUGCGCCAAUACAAGGCGACGAAAAAGACGAAACGGAUCCAGCGGGAUGCCCGCAGCGAACUGCCGUGAAACCUUCUUCCUUUCUUUCUUUCUUCUAACUUCGUAGAUACUUUAAUAUAUAUCCCGAUCAAUCGGUCCGAAUAGAACUCUUUCACGAUAGAACAAGAGGAUAUGGAUAAUGUCUGUUAUCAUUGAGUCUUUCGACUAAAUUCCUUUCUGUUUCGUUUUAUCGAGAUACAGAAAAUACAACAAAGAGCUAGAAAAUCCAUUCUUUGUCGUUUUACGACUACCUCCGAGACGGACCUUCUACCAUUCUAUCUUAAUUAAUGAUUCGUUCAAGAACAGCCGGUCCCAUUUGUUUGCCAAUUAAUAUUCUCCAAGGACCUAUAAAAAAAAAAAAAAAAACAAAAAAAAAACAACAAAGAUACGUGUCUGCUAUAUUUUUUAUUUGCACAGACUCUUAUCUUUUAUUUUUCUCCUAUAUAAUUCUAUUCGCUAAAUUGUCCCUUGAUUACGAUAUAUUUGUAUUAAACAAUUAAUAUCCUUUAUGAAUGAAAUUGAAUUUACAUAUCCAUAUCGAUCUAGUGAAAGUUUGAUAUUUUUGGUAAUUGCCAUUAUUUGAACCAAAGAUUUCGGGAACUAGGAAAAAUAAGACAAGAUAAAUGAUUUUUAUUGAAGUUGAAAUAAAAACAAAAAUCAGAUUAAAGAGAAAUAUUAAUGUUAGGCCUCUUAAGCGUUAAAAAAAAAAACUG